ACUGUUACCGAUGCCGGAAGUUGGCAGACACUGCGCGUGACACAUGAAAGUCACCGGUAAAACAACAACAGUGUUAGAGUUAUCCGAGCUCGUUGGCUUAAAAAUAUAUAUAAACGAGUUUAAUGAAGGAGUUUUUCAAGUUUUUAUUGAAGUGGCAGUGUUUUAGUCUCGAUGUUAGCUAUGACAGCGUUUUAAAGCCGUUUAGAAACAAACUCGGAGCGCGUUAUUAGAGCAACCUUACAGUAACAGUACUAUCCCCAUCUUGAAUACAAAACAUAGUUUUUUUUUUCUUAGAUUUAUCUUCAGAUUAGAAAUGACACGAAGCGUCGGUCGAAUAUUCAGCGGAUUUCGGUGCUUCGGUUCUCUCCCGUUCGGGAAUCCACCACUGAAGACACAAUGUUCCAGUGUUUUAUUCAGGACCACCUCAGAGCGGACCUUGAUGCAUGCACUGCCAAAAAUCUUUGGCCGAAAACCUCGAGACUUCAGCCUGCCCAACUCGUCAUGGGGGAAAGAGAUGAUGCAGCUGUACAACCAUUAUAACAGGCUGAGUAAGGAGACGACAGAAGGACAAGAGGACCAUGGAGAGCAGUGGACAAGACUGCCAAGCUACAAUCGGACUCUAAAGUAUGCAACAGGGGGAGUGUAUCUCAGCAAGAUAAUCCAGUCAAAAGCUCGCCUUUUCACCCGGAACAUCAGGGACCCUGGAGCUUCGUUCGAGUAUGUUAUAUUUUUCAGACAAGAUAAGCUCAAGUGCGCGUGCAUCUUCCAAGCUGGACACCUUUUAGAGGGGGCGCCAGGACAUGUCCACGGGGGGGCGAUAGCCACCAUGAUAGACACCAUUACAGGAACGCAUGCCUCUCUGCUUUCUGCACCGGUUAUGACGGCCAACCUUAACAUCAACUACCGCAGUCCCAUCCCACUUGGAAGUACUGUGCUGAUUGAAUCCAUUCUGGACAAAGAGGAUGGCAGAAAAAGGUAUAUUUCAUGUAGAGUGACCAGCACGGACGGCUCCAAACUGCACACAGAGGCAACAGGACUGUUUUUGUCAAUCAGUGUCAGCCACCUGCUGAAAAGGUGAAGCAGCAUGCCAGGCUGGCAUAACAGAGGCCAGAACAAGCCAGCGUGUUUGACUUUGUGAGAAAUUGGUUUGGAUUAAGGACGUAUUUUCUAGAUUAUCUUGAAGAAACCUCUACUAACAGACUGAACUUGAAUGCCUUUGCGUAAGGGUACUAACACAAAAACAGUACAUAUCUGUGGUGUAUUUAUUGAACCAAAUUUUAAGGUUUUACUGACUGCAUUUUGAGUUACCCAGGGGCCUUACAGUUUGAAGCUUCCCCUGAGAUGUUUUGUAUAUCUUCUUCAAGAUCAAAGAUUCUUGUGUGGAUGUUAUUUUCACUGAAGAAAGAAAAAAUAUUGUCAAUAAAAGCUCUUUUUAAAGACCAAAUGUU